CCUUGGAAAAAACACCAACGAGGUUUUGUAUUACUGGAGAGUCGACUUUGGGCGGAAGUGGCUUCUAAAACCGAAGAGCGAGAUGGGGGUAAAGCUGGAGGUGUUUCGGAUGUCACUCUAUCUCACUUUCCCCGUGGUUAUGUUCUGGAUCUCCAACCAGGCUGAGUGGUUUGAGGACUAUGUUGUCCAGCGCAAGAGGGAGCUGUGGCCACGAGAGAAGGAAGGUCAGCGCCAGGAGCUGGAAGAAUUUAAGCAGAAGAUCCGGAAGCAGAGGGAAGAAAGACUUCUUCAAGCUGCCCAGCAGAACUCCUGAGACCUUCAGUUCCUCAAGUUCCAGCCCCCCACCCUCAGAAAAUAACACACACUCAACUCGUU